AUGGCCCAGGAACCGGGGGAACCCAUCGCCAGUUUCUUGCACAGAUUCAAGGAGAAACUGACAAAGGUCAACGUCCCGGAGGAUGCAGCAAUGGCAGCCUUCAGAAAGGGCCUGAUCCCUGGAUCACCGUUACGGAAGGAUCUCAACAUCCGGGAACCCAAAGAUCUCGAUGACGCGCUGCAUCGAGCCUUCAGAUUCGCACUCGACGAAGAGGAGGAACCUCGAAUAGCCGCAAAAACCAAUGACGAACAACCGUUGCACCCCCCUAAGGCUAAAAACCGGGUCGAAUACCACGUACCCCGCAGGCACCACGAGCCUCAGGAUCGAAAAAAGGGCGUCAUCCACGCAGUCUCCAAGGUGGACGGCCAAGAGAAGCAGCCGUCUGACCCGAAGGAACUCUACUGCGAUUUUCACAUGUACCCCGGUCACUCUACACAAGAGUGCGUCCACCUGAAGAACUACCUGUACGCAAAGUAUCUCUCUGGCGAAGUCGAAGCUACUUAUCAGCCAAAAAGCGCCCGUGGAGGCAGAGGUCGCCGAGGGGGAUGGCGCGGAGGACGAUCUAACCGAGGCCGUGGUGCAGGCAGCGGACGGGGCUAUGGUGGACCACCUAACGCAGACCAACAGCUGGCCAACCAAGCACCCAUGAAUCACCAGGAAGAAGCGCCCCAGGUAGACGAACUACCUGGCCCUCCCAAGCGACAGAGGGGGCAAAACCCGGAGCGGGUCAAUUCCCCUCCCCGUGGACGAAUAACCAUGAUACUUGGUCCACCAGAGGACUGCGCAGACUCCGUUCGCGCACUAAAGAAGAGGGCACGACAAGUUUGCGCCCUCAAAACUGCUCCGAGCGAGCCUUCACUCUGUUCGGAUCCGAUAUCAUUCACUUCAGAGGACGCCAAAGGGAUCCAACACCCCCACUCAGACCCUUUGGUUAUCCAAGUCUCGAUGGGUGACUUCGACGUCGAACGAGUCCUGAUUGACACUAGGAGCACCGUCAACGUAUUCUGCUGGCAAACGCUAGAAAAAAUGGGCGUCAUACCAGACCAACUGAAGCCCGAAACUCAUACACUAACGGGCUAUGACGAGGUCGCCAAGAUGUCGAUGGGCGACGUAAAGCUACAAGUACGAGCUGGCGGAGUGACCCGGAAGACUAAGUUCGCAGUCGUUGAUGCACCACCAAUCUACAACGCUAUUUUGGGGGUACCAUGGAUAUACGCGAUGCAGGCCGUACCAUCGACCUACCACCUCUGCCUCAAAUUCCCAACUACCACAGGAAUUUGCACACUUUACAGCGACCAGAGGGUGGCCAGAGUCUGCUCUGUUAUCGAAAAGAAGCUGAGGAAGACGGAGGCCGCAUAG